AUGCCUCCCCAGAAGCGCAAGAGACCCCACGACACGGUCGCGCCAGAGACCUCGCCACAAGCUCCACCUCGUCGCGCGACUCGCCAGCAUCCGCUCGCUGGCCCUGAGCCGAAACACCAGCUGAGGAGCGGUCGUAAACGCGUCAGUAUCACCGAAGAGCUUCCUGCCGCGUCCGUGGAACUGCAGGCGCCAAGAGGCAGGAGAAAUGACGCGCCGAAGACGACAAUCGCACACGACGCCACGGUGCCCCCCGCGAAGAAACAGACGAGAGCGACGAGACACAGUAUAGCGGAACACGACCCGGUAGAAGAGGCCGCUGCGAGUACGACCGUUAGCGCAAUCGCAGCUUCGAAGGAGAAUAUAAAGCCCUCCUCCCCGUCCGAGGGUGAGGUCGGACACCGGAAUCUGUCCAUAUCCCCCCUGGGACACGCACAAACGCUCCGUGUCUCCCCGGUGCGACUGCCGGAAGCGAGACCGAUUUCGCCGACUCAAGUGCGCCAUGCGCCGCUGCUGAAGACGACCCAGCAGUCACAAACCUCACGAUUAGCCCAUCCCACCGCGGCACCGGUAGCGUCGACACCUAGGCGCCCCGCUUCGUCCCCGGACAAACCGCCGAGGCCUCCGCCGACACCCCGUUCCGAUCGUAAUGUCGAUAAGGUUGUGUUGGGGAAUGUGUGUUUUAAAGCGUGGUACCCGUCAUACUACGGGAAGGAGGUUCUAGGCGACCUGAGUAACAACCAUGGCAACAGCGGUAACGGGGACGCCGGCAAGGACGGCGGAAAGCUGGGACGCAUAGGCGGCGGCAAGAGGGCGACCGUCCCGCCGCCCAUGCUCGACCGCCUGUACGUGUGCCCGUGCUGCUUCAAGUACUCGAGAGAGCUGGUCAUGUGGUGGGAGCACGUGCGGACCUGUGAGCGUACGUUUCAGAUGCCCGGCACGAAGGUGUACACCCACCCCAAGGGCACGAGGACGAUCAGGGUCCCGGCCGCGACGCCCCCGGCCGCCGAGCACGGCGUGUCGGUCCCCGUAGGCGGGGGCAAGGGGAAGGGCAAGGGGAAGAGAGGCGACGUAGGUGGGGGCGUGUUCACACCUGUAGCCAUGGAAGAGGUGGUUGUUAGCGACGAAGGGGAGUGGAGCGUCUGGGAGGUCGACGGCGAGAAGGAUAGGCUCUUCUGCCAGAACCUCUCCCUAUUCGCGAAGCUUUUUCUCGACAACAAGUCCGUCUUCUUCGACGUUACGGGGUUUAACUAUUUUCUCCUCGUGUACACCCCGCCGCCGCCGCCACCCGAACUCUUCCAGAAUCCCCCGCAGACUCAAUCCCCGCCUCCUCCGUCAGCACCUACGACGACCGACAGCCCCUCGCAACCGCCGGCGGGGCCAUCGUCCCCGACGGAAACGGGAAAGGAGAAGCCGGCGGUGACGAAGCGGCGGCCGCAGGUCGUCGGGUUCUUCUCGAAGGAGAAGCUAUCGUGGGACAACAACAACCUCGCGUGCAUCCUGGUGUUCCCACCUUGGCAGCGCAAGGGGCUCGGCGCGCUGCUGAUGGGCGUGUCGUACGAGAUCUCGCGGCGCGAGGGCGUGCUCGGCGGGCCGGAGAAGCCGAUCUCGGAGCUAGGGCGUAAGGGGUACCGGCGCUUCUGGGCGGGCGAGAUCGCGCGGUGGAUCCUGGGGCUCGACAUGACGCCGUCGCCGCCGCCUUCGCCCGAAGCGGACGCGCGGAAACGGAGAGGAGACGACGCGGCGGAGAAAGAGCCGGAUCCGGAACAGGAAGCCGGGGAGGACGGCGACGACGAGGUGGAGAUGAUCGAGCUAGGGGAUAGGGCGGAGGACGAGCGGAGGAAGGACGGCGAAGGAGAGAGAGAAGGCGGGCCUAACGGGGGAGGGGCGGCGAAGGCGAGGGGACGAAGGCGGACUAGGGAGGUGACUGUCAGCGUCGAACAGUGCUCGCGCGCGACGUGGAUCGUGCCCGAGGACUGCCUCGCGGUGCUCCGCGAGAUGGGAGUGGUGGUGGCAACGGCAGCGGCCGAUGAGCGGAGGGGAGAGGAGGAUACCAAGGAAGAAGAGGAAGAUGAGAGAGUGGAGGCGGAGGAGCACGAGGGCAAGACGCGGAAGACGCCGACGCGGACGACCGCGCCGCGGCCGCCCCGGGUCCUGCUCGACAGGGAGGUAGUCCGCCGCUGGGUCCAGGCGAACAGGGUCGAGCUCACGCGGACGUGCGACCCGCACGGGUUCGUCGAGGGAUGGGCACGCCGCCUCCCCUAG